CUGGCCGCCUCCCCUUUAAGAGCUCACCUGGGCGCUCACCUGUGCUGGGCUUCCGCAGGAAGAAGGAAGCGGCGCCGCUGUCACCUCCCUGCCAGGCCACCACCACCAUGUCCGCCUCGGCCGUGUUUAUCCUGGACGUGAAGGGCAAGCCCCUCAUCAGCCGCAACUACAAAGGCGACAUUCCCAUGAGUGAAAUCGAAUAUUUCAUGCCUCUGCUGGUGCAGCGCGAGGAAGAGGGCGCGCUGACCCCGCUGCUAAGCCACGGCCGCGUCCACUUUCUGUGGAUCAAGCACAGCAACCUCUACCUGGUGGCCACCACCCUGAAGAACGCCAACGCCUCUUUGGUCUACUCCUUCCUGUACAAGACCGUCGAGGUGUUCUCCGAGUAUUUUAAGGAGCUGGAGGAGGAGAGUAUCCGGGACAACUUUGUCAUCGUCUACGAGCUGCUGGAUGAACUGAUGGACUUCGGCUUCCCCCAGACCACGGACAGCAAGAUACUGCAGGAGUACAUCACCCAACAGGGCAACAAGCUAGAGACGGGCAAGUCCCGGGUGCCGCCCACCGUGACCAACGCCGUGUCCUGGCGCUCGGAAGGCAUCAAGUACAAGAAGAACGAGGUCUUCAUCGACGUCAUCGAGUCCGUCAAUUUGCUGGUCAACGCCAAUGGCAGCGUCCUGCUGAGCGAGAUUGUGGGUACCAUCAAGCUCAAGGUGUUUCUAUCCGGGAUGCCGGAGCUACGGCUGGGCCUCAACGACCGCGUGCUCUUCGAACUCACUGGCCUUUCAGGGAGUAAGAACAAGUCGGUGGAACUGGAGGAUGUUAAGUUCCAUCAGUGCGUGCGCCUGUCGAGGUUCGACAAUGACAGAACCAUCUCCUUCAUCCCGCCCGAUGGCGACUUCGAACUCAUGUCCUACCGCCUCAGCACCCAGGUGAAGCCUCUGAUCUGGAUUGAAUCAGUCAUUGAGAAAUUCUCACACAGCCGAGUGGAGAUCAUGGUGAAGGCCAAGGGCCAGUUUAAGAAGCAGUCAGUAGCCAACGGCGUGGAGAUCUGUGUACCUGUGCCCAGUGACGCCGAUUCUCCACGCUUUAAGACCAGUGUGGGCAGCGCUAAGUAUGUGCCCGAGAAGAAUGUGGUCAUUUGGAGCAUCAAGUCAUUCCCGGGUGGUAAGGAAUACCUGAUGCGUGCCCACUUUGGCCUCCCCAGUGUGGAGAAAGAGGAAGUGGAGGGCCGGCCGCCCAUCGGAGUCAAGUUUGAGAUACCCUACUUCACCGUCUCUGGGAUCCAGGUUCGCUACAUGAAGAUCAUAGAGAAAAGUGGGUACCAGGCACUGCCCUGGGUGCGAUACAUUACCCAAAGUGGGGAUUAUCAAGUUCGAACCACCUAGAAGGGAGGAAUGGAAAAAUGGAGCCUGGGUUCCGCCCCACAGGCAAUGACUGGCCCAUGUGAUAGAAAAUGGGGUGUCCAUGAGAGGGGCACCACAACUCAGCAACUGCUGUUCCCAGCACCUUUUAUUCUACCCAGAGAUCAGGAAAGGGGGA